AUGGAUCCACGACCGCCACGCUCAUAUUGUAGCACCCUCGCACUGAAAGCAAUAUCUGUAGUUACCGGCUUAUCGCGGAGCAUCCCCGAGCCGCACGCAGAACACGCUGCUCACAUAUCUCGAUCGUCUCUCCGAAACACGUGGCAUCAAAGCCCCCCGCUACUCCCGCAGCAUAUCCAACUUUUCCAACUUUGCACAGCUCUCCACAUUUCGGAAGCGGAAUCUUGGCGUCCUCCGGGAGGAACCCCCCCGAAUUGCGUGAUCGGAAGCCAUAUCGAAUCUAACUUUGACUCGUUGCUUCCUUUCGCGUGUACGUGCAGCAUUUGA